AUGGAUCCCCAGAGCGUAGCUUUCCAGCCGCGCGACGAUCUCUGGCGCUUCCAGAGCGAGAUGCUUCGAGUACAAGAGAGCCAGGCCGAACUUGCUGACCGUGUCGCCCGUUUGGAGCGUAAGCACGACGACGACUCACGUCUGAAGAACGUUUGGGGAACUUCGUCACCUUUCCCUUCAGUCCUGGGCGGAACCCCACAGCAAGUACCCUUGCAGCAGCCUACUGCCGAGCACUUUUCCAACUUUGACGGCCAUUCCACCAACCUCAUCGGUAACCUUCAGCUUGAUGAAGACGAAGUACCCCGCCGCGUAGGCGUCACAUCGCGCGCCAACAGCGUCCGUUUCGAUGAGACGGCAAAUCACGGCCACUGGGCUCACGCGUCGCGGUCUUCGCUCGACCUGAUACCCCGCACAGGCAGCGGCUUGGGUGGGCACGCCAUGAGCGAACGCAGCUACUCGCACAAGUCGGACGGAAGGCAAAGCUCGGCCGGCCACUCAGUACACUCGAUGGCGUCUGGUCGAGCGAACAGCCUUACGAGCUUUGGGCCGACGACGCCUCAAGACGCCCCAGGACUGGCUCCUGGCUUGUUCAUUCUGGGCUCUGUGCCCGCGAUUAUACGUUGCUGGCUCAACACUAACUUCAAGCACGAUACUUUGUUGUAUGCAGCCGUGUGCUCAGGCUCAUACACAUCCUAUCUGGACCUGCACCUUAUCCAACACCUUGGCUUCCAAGACCAGGUCGUGCUCGACGAUGACGGUCUUCGCAAGAUCAAGUUGUCGGUCUACCUCCCCGAAGCCGUGCCGGUGUCGGCUUCUUCCCGGUCCACUAGCUCGGCGCCACAACUUCCAUCAAUUGGCGUGAAUUUCACUGUUGUUCAAGAGCAUCAUCCCGAAGCCAAUCCAAAAGCCGUUCAGAUCUUUCUCGGCAGCGACAUGCUCCGCGCACACAAUGCCGACCUGUUGUUCUCAUCUAGCCAGCUAACCCUCUAUGACGACGACCACAGCAAACUUCAGAUACCUUUGGUUCGUCCAGAAGAUGAACGCGCCUUCAAGUCAUUACAUGUUUCCAGUCGAACCUAUGCCCCGUCGACCGAGCAAGAUAAGAGAGACGUGAUGGCUGCUUCGACACAACAUCAUUCGACAAGUGACGGUUCUGCUACAUCUGUUGCCCAUGAUACUUUCCUGUCUACUGACAAGUCUACUGACACAGGCACGGCAACAAACUCAGAGGACGGGGGCUCGAGUGGUCGUAUGAGUCUUGAGCAGCGUCCACGUCUCGGCCUUUCGUUAUCAAGUCGUCUGGAAGAUGGAAAUGCAGGAGAAUCUGGGGCUGUCAGUGGGGCACCGCGCUCUACAACAGCAUCAUCGGCCAUCUGGAGCAACUGGCGGCGGGACCAAGCCGAGAAGGCUACGGCUGCUGCUGGGCCGUUGGACUGGGCGAGCGUGGGUAAAACCACGAGCUCAAACCCUAGCUACCAACGACGCGAUACGGGCAUCAAGGUGCUGAAGCCGUCCAAGUCGGCAAGGACCAUGUCGGGGUCAAACUCGUUGCCUGCUACGGGACAGUCACGCUUCUUCGAUGAUGGAAAGCGAAGGGGCGAGCCGGAGAGUGAGACGAGCAGCAGCCAGGCACCGCCACAGGCGAAGAGGACGGUGUCUGCGGAGAAGGUGAAGGAGAAUCAUGGGACGGCGACGAAACCACGAUCAGCCAAUCCGGUGGGAGGGGCCUCGUCACGGGCUUCGCGACAGGCCAGCAACUUCAAGACGGCCUCCACUAACAACAAGAAGCGGAAGAUCGUGGUCCCCGCCAGAGACUCGCCAGCCGCCAGGGACGACGGGCACUCGCCGCCGAAUGUGGGCAGCGCUGGCGUAGUAGGCUCCCCUCGCUCCUCCCCGCAGCCUUCAGCAUCACCGCCACGCUACCUGCCACCGCACCUGCACGACGAGGUCCUGGUCGACGCCUCCGACUCGGCCUCUGCCUUUGCACGAGACCACAGCAACGGCGCCAGCUCGCCCAGCGAAGCCUACGCCAACCUGACCCUUGACAGCCGCGAGGCCUCCAUCACCGACCUCGACCGCACCCGCGCUGCCGAACAACUGCCCUCCGCUUCACGGCCCCCGCCCCGCGCCUCGUCGCCCGCUAAGCGCUCUCAUUCAGACAUGGACGACAAGCCCGACCCCAGCUCUGCUGCCCGCAACACCAAGCCGCAGUCCGCAGGCCCAUCACAGCCACAGCCACAGGCACAACGCAGUGCGCGUGCCACAUCGGUCGACAUGGCUGAUACGCCCAACAGCGGCUCCUUUGAUGCCGAUGACCAGGCCCCGGCCUCGUCAUCUACCAUGGCCGCCGACGCCUCGCCCCAGGCCCAGCUGCCCAGCAUAGACGAGCAGGUGACUCGCGUCAUGGGCAUGAUGAACAGUGAGCCUCUGGUCGACCGCCAGGAGGGCUACAUCAUUUCGGAGCGGUGGCUGGAGCGUGUCUGGGCAAGAACGUCGGAGAACGUGAGCAGACCUCAGGACUUUAGCAAGGAAGCGACCCAGGGCCCCGUGGGUCCCGUCGACAACUCGCACCUGGUCGACACGGAACUGCUGCAAGAGGACCUGGCCGACCAGCGUGGCGAAGACUUCAUUCCGCUGAGCAAAGCUGCGACACUUGGCCAGGACUUUGAGGUUCUCCCGCGCAAGGCGUGGGAGCUGGUUCUCAGCUGGUACGGACUCAACAAGGGCAGUCCAGUCAUACGGCGUUACGCCCACAAUACCGUUCCCGGCCAAGCGAGCGAGGAUAUUUCAUACGAACUUCACCCUCCCGUUAUUACUAUUCGCAAAGUGCGGAAGUCAGCGAACCCUGCCGAUACCUCCAAGUUGGCGGAGAAGAUUGUUGCCAGCCGCUACGAGAGCUUCGUCACCUUUCUCGAAGCCGCCAAAAAGACUGUGGGUAUCGAUCUGAGCAACAAGGUUCGUAUAUGGAGAAUUCUCUCUACCGCGCCUACAGACAAGCCCCAGCCGUCCCAACCAUCCGGUAUACUCACUCCAGACGCAUCACCCCGCAAUGGUUCGCCUGUCGCCCCCACGGGCACUCAACGGCCUUCUCUUGUUAUGGAUAUCGCAAGUUUUAACGCACUUGCGUAUGGGUCGGAGCGUGAGCUAGUCACGGGCAAAGAUGAGAAGGCCAACGAGAUUUACAACGAAUCUCUCACUCUGGCCGAUGCUGGUCUCACACAAGAUCAAACAAUCGUUCUCGAGGAACAUGACGAGAAGGGAGAGUACAUUUCCGACACGACCAAAGAGGCGUCGAAAAAUAAGGCUGGCGCUGCAGCAAGCAAGGGUCUCCAAAGUACUACCACCAGCGGGAGGAAUACACCCACCGGUGGCCCCCUAACGCGCGGAAGGAAGCAGAAUGGCAAAGUGCGUGGACAUGUUGGCUUGACAAAUCUUGGCAACACUUGUUACAUGAACUCCGCCCUUCAGUGUCUCCGGAGCGUCGAGGAGCUGAGCAUGUACUUUCUGAGCAACAAAUGGAAAGAAGAGGUCAACGCCGACAAUCCAAUCGGCCACAAGGGCGUCAUCGCAAAGUCGUACGCUUCACUGCUCAGUGCCAUCUAUAGCCUCGACAACAACUCAUCCAUUUCACCAAAGGACUUUAAGCAGAAGCUAGGAAGAGCCAAUAGCCUAUUCUCCGGUUACGGUCAGCAAGACUCUCAAGAGUUUGUCAGCUGGUUGGUAGAUGCGCUACACGAGGAUCUCAACAGGAUACACAAGAAGCCAUACCGGGAAAACCCAGAUUCAGAAGAUGACACUUAUCGUGACCCAGAGGCUGUCAAGAAACUCGGCGAGAUUUAUCGGGAUAAUCACCGCGCUCGAAACAAUUCUGUAGCGAUGGAUCUGUUUAGCGGAUUUUACAAGAAUACCAUGGUCUGCCCAGACUGUGAGAAAGUCAGCAUAACAUUUGACCCCUACAGCCAACUCACCCUGCAAUUGCCCAUAGAGCAGACUUGGACUCACACUAUCACAUACGUGCCGCUUUACGGAAAACCCUAUCAGUUAGAGGUUGACAUUGACAAGAACGCGACCAUUAAAACGCUUAAAGAAUUCGUCGGCAAGCGUGGCGGCGGCGUCCCAGCUAACCGCAUAAUGGCGUCUGAGCUUUACAGCCACAAGUUCUACCGUCACCUGGAGGACUCCCUCACUGUGUCUGAGUCGAACAUUGGAGCCAGGGAUGACAUUUACUUCUACGAACUCGACAUAGCACCAAGCAACUGGCCCGCUCCCAAAAAGAAGGGGUCAAAGUACAAGACGAUGCUUUCCCAAUCUUCCGACGAAGAUAUCCCAGACACUGCUUCGCCGCUGCAUGACCGCAUCGUAGUCCCUCUUUUCCAUCGCAGCCCCAGUGUGUCUGCUUAUAGAUCUACAAGCACCGGCAUGGCGCUUUGGCCAAGUUUUAUCGUUUUGACAAGAGACGAAGCAAAUGAUUACGACGCUAUUUUCAGAAAGGUGCUGGCAAGGGUUGCGCAAAUGACCACACGGAAGAUACUCAGUGAGCUCAGUGGAUCAGAUCAGUCACAAUCUGGUUCUGAUGUUGUGCUAACAACCGAAGAAGAUGCUUCACCCAACGACCCUCAAGUCAAGGAUGGCUCUGUGGAAGGUGAAGACAUAGUCGAGGUGACAAUGACAGAUGCCAAGGAAACUCCUCCUACUCAGGGCGAUGAUGCCAAUCAGAUUCCAGAAGUGCUACGUCCGGGUAGCUUCAUCCACCCCGAAUUCAGACAACUGUUUGAAAUGAAGCACACUAGGAAGAGUAAUGAGAUUGUAACUACUGGAUGGAGUACAUUGGAUCAUAAUCGCGCAUGUGAGCCCAUUUCAAAGCGCAUUCGGGUGCCAUCAUCACGAGAAGAAUCCGUCCAGUCAUCUGUCGGUGGAAGCGAGCCUACAUCAAGUGAUGAGGAUGAAGACGCUUCGCAGUCGACGAUUGUCGAUGCUGAUCCCGCGGUUGACACAACCAAUCCAAGCAGCGACGAAGAAAUGCAAUCGGUAGAGCCAGAAACGACAGAUUUUGCACGAUCCGGUCGUCAAAAUAAGAAGAAGAGCAAGAAAGCACGGAAGCAUGAGCGGAAAAUCGAGCGAAAAAACAAGAAUAAUAAGAACUUCAAGAACCGCAAAGGAGGUAGGGUGCCAGAACAGCCCAACUACCCGGAAGACCCGGAUGAUGAGGCUGAUGAUCGUUUGAUCCGCAUGGGCGAGGGUAUUGUCCUUGACUGGACUUCCGAGGCCAUUGAUGCUUUGUUUGGUGGUACUUCGGAAGACGACCCUCGAGGCGCCGACGUCAUCAAGUCUAUUGAGGUUUUUGACGAUCCUGAGAUUCGGGACAAGAAAGCCAAACGUGCAGCUCGCAGAAAGAACGGCAUCAAUCUGGACGAGUGUUUCACAGAAUCGUCAAAGAGCGAAGUGCUCUCUGAGGACAAUGCAUGGUAUUGCAGCCGCUGCAAAGAAUUGCGUCGUGCGACAAAGACGUUGGAGAUUUGGACCGUUCCUGACAUUCUCAUCAUACACCUCAAACGUUUCAGUGGUCACCGAACAUUCCGAGACAAGAUUGAGGAUUUAGUUGACUUUCCAGUUGAAGGACUAGACCUCUCUGGCAAAGUCGGUUAUCCAGAAGGCAAGGAUCUUACUUAUGACCUUUUCGCCGUUGACAAUCACUACGGUGGGCUUGGAGGGGGCCACUACACAGCCACUGCUCAGAAUUUCUUCGACAAGCAGUGGUAUGACUACAAUGACUCCAUUGUCUCCCGCUGCGACUCUGGUCAAAAGGCUGUUUCGAGAGCCGCAUACUUGCUUUUCUACCGCCGUCGCUCGCCUGUCCCUUUAGGCCCUCCAGAGCUUCAGAAGGUGGUGACCGCCGACGUCAGCAACCCCGACUCUGACGACGAAAACAAUACGGACGCGGACGAUCAGCAGGCCCGCUCUCGGUCACCGGCGGGAAACGGCUUGCGCCUCGGCGAUUCGUCCCGCAAUGGGUCGUCGAGCGCUGGCGCAGUCGGAGCGGGAGCCGCAGCCCUGCGCGGGGAUGGCUUUCAGCGUUCAGCAGCCGGGAACCGUCAAAAGAGCGGAGCCGCAGCCGCGAACCUGAGUGACGACGACGACCUUCCCCCAUAUGCUGACGAAGACGAAGGAUUUGUGGAGGACUCGUACAGCAACAAUCCUUGGGCCACCGACAACGACCAGCCAAUGUGGAGCUUCAAUGCGCUGAGCGACAACGCCGCUCGCAACGAUAACGACUCAGAUACCGGUGGUGUAGUGUCUGACACAGGCGCAGCCUCAACGGGUGACGGCAUGGACUUGAGUGAUAGACUUUUGGAAGAUUUUGGUGACGACGAGCCCGUCAAGGGAGGAUGGGGUGGUGUUGCCACACCUGUCACGCAACAAGAUGACGAAGUUGCCGAGAUUCGGCUAAUUGGCGAUUAA